ACAUCAGCAAUUAGUUGUACUUAUCGUCGUAGCACAAGAAGAAAAAGAAUUCAGCUAUUUCAAAAUAUUUAGUUAUUUACUAUAUUGAUCAGAAUUUAUUUGAGUUUAAAUGUUGUGUCGUCACUGAACCCUAACUACAGCUUCAGCAGCUGCUGCUUUAGAGUGCAGAGAGAACUAUCGUUGCGAUCUCCUCCUCCAAUGGCGACUAUACCAGUGAAUCCGAAGCCUUUCUUGAACAAUUUGACUGGGAAACAAGUUAUUGUCAAAUUGAAGUGGGGAAUGGAAUACAAAGGUUAUCUAGUCUCAGUUGAUUCCUAUAUGAAUUUGCAGCUGGCUAAUACUGAAGAAUACAUUGAGGGACAAUUUACCGGAAACUUGGGAGAAAUUUUAAUCAGAUGCAACAAUGUUCUCUACCUUCGAGGUGUGCCUGAAGAUGAAGAAAUAGAUGCUGCUGCAGAAGACUAGAAUGAUGAAAGCAUCUCAGUGUAAUAACAUCAUUAGACCUCUAAGAUUCAGGUUGUGUAUUUACAUGUGGAUAUUUGGGCCAAUGGUAAUCAUCAUUUAUAACGUUACAUUAGAGAGUAUAUUAACAGGUGGUUACUCAAUGAAGACAUUAUUUGAAGAUGUCUUUAUGGAAGUAACCACCAUAUUAACAUUGUGGAGCUCAGUUGAGACUUGAAAAUGUCAUUAAUAUCGUAUUCAAUCCAUGCAUCAUUCAAUGGUUCAGUUCUUUUUAAA